GGUAUCAUAUUCGGGUUGCUACCAUUAUUUACUUGGACAUUGAGACAUUCUUGUUUAGACCAUCAAGUUCUCGAGUUAAAUAGCCAAGAACCAAUUUCCUCCACCUUUGCAGCCCCAUUCCCUCCUUGGGAAAACAUGGCAGACCUCUUUGGCAUCGCAGAGGGGGUGCUCGGGAAGAUAGCCUCCCGCGCCUUCGAAGAAGCCAUCACGAUUUAUGGUGUCGAGGACCAGAUCAUCGAGCUUAGAGAGACGUUGACUUCUAUUAAGGCAGUGUUGUUAGAUGCAGAGGAGCAGCAGAUGAAGAACCACCGCCUGCAAGUGUGGUUGGAUAGGCUUCAAGAUGUGUUAUAUGAUGCGGAGGACGUGCUCGAUGAACUCGAGUGCGAAGCCUCACGGAAGAAGGUGAUAAGUCGCUACGGUGGCAUCAAAGGGAAGAUGAACUCCCAUGAUCUAUUUGCCACGCCAUGUGGAUCUCUACAAAGAUUUGAACGUGUACUCAGCUAAUCUUUCGUCGAUCUCUUUCAAUUACAGGGAUAAAAGCAAAGGCCGUUGAUAUUGUGCUUUUCUCUUUCUUUCCUCGAGUGCGUGUUAUUCUCUAUAAUUUUCUUGUGUGGGCUUGUGUUUGUGUUGCACAUUUCUCUAUGGAGAAAAUUCUUUAGUCGUAAUGUUUGAGACCUAUUGUGACAUUAUCUUUGUCUAAUGUAAAACAAUAUUUGUCUUUGGUUCAUGGAUAAUGAAUGAAAUCAUGCCGCAA